AUGUUGCUGAACGUUUUCGCAGCCGUGUUGAUAACUUUGAUCGGCCCGACAUUGGGAAAGGACGCAUCAACAACGACCACUUCCGCGCCUGUAGCCACACAUACAGUAUCUGUUGGAGCAGAUGGAUUUAAUUUCUCCCCGAGUCAAGUAUUCGCAAAUGUUGGCGACAUAAUAGAAUACCGAUUCUACCCUCAAAAUCACUCUGUUGCUAGAGCGGCAUUUGGAAGCAAUCCAUGUAUUCCAUACGAAGAUACUGGACCCGGCUUGGUGGGUUUUUGGAGCGGGUUUCGUCCUGUAGCCUUAGUAUUAUCAAAUCCUCCGAUCUUUUCAUUACCUAUUAAUGAUACCGACCCGGUAUUCUUCUACUGUUCCGCUCCGGGGGCAUGCCUCCAGGGUAUGGUCGGAGUCGUGAAUCCCAAUUCUUCGUGGACUUAUGAAGCCCAGUUUAACUAUACACAAAAUGCAACAAUAGAAUUUAGUCCAUUGGAAUACUUCCCUAAAGAAGAGGCCCCGACGCGAACGACAACCGCGACGGGAGCAACAGCUACUCCUACAGCGGUUUCCACAUCCUCAUCGGCUGCCACUACAUCGUCAGCUCCGGCCCUGACUGCGGAACACAAAAGUUCUAUAUCUACCGGAGCAAUCGUGGGAAUAGCAAUUGGAGGCGUCGCGGUGAUUGCUCUAGCCGGAGCUCUGAUUUAUAUGUGCGGGCGACAAAGAACCGUCAAACAGCUUCUACGACAAUCACAACCUGCCCCAACUCCCCAGCCCUCCUACCUGGCAAACUCACCAGGCAUGUCUGAAGCCCAAUAUGCCAACAUGUACAAGGGCCCAGCUCAUGGUACCACGCAUUACAGUGGACAAAGCUACGGUGGUCCACCAGCCACGGAAACAGAGAGUUAUCGCAGCAUCAGCCCGCCGCCACCAAACGAGCAUACACAUAUGAUGGGUGGAUUGCACCCAAGUAAUUUUCAUCCCGAUCACUCGGUACCAACGUCAAUAGCUGGCAGUCCUGGCUUUCCUAGUCCGGCCUUUUCACACGAGUUGAUGGAGCCUGGCAGUGAUGGAGUUGCUCGGCCCUACAACCCCGAUGAACAUCACCCAGCGCACCUCAACCCAAACCAAGCCCGAGAUGACGGUCCUCAUGAGCUCGCAGUGCCCUCGCGAAACCCCAGCACAGCAGUCGGACCACCUACCCCCCAAAACCAAAGCGAACAAUCCAGACCCUUCUCAUAUUCACAUACUCCCCAGGACGAGAAGAGCAAUAGUACGUUUACAUGA